UGCUUGAAAAAUCACAUGGCACUAAACCACAAGAACAAACAUGGGACUCUGGGACCGAAAUCCUUAUUUAUACUUUCAGCCAUUCAGGAAUAACACAAGAGUACUUGAAGAGGAAGCAAGUGAUUAAUCUUCAGAACUUAAAUCCUUUGAUUAAUCUCCCAGCUGCACAAUCAUCAUAUUAUAUAAGCUGAGUAUUAAUAACUUGUACUUUUGUUUGACAACUUGCAAACUUACCAUAUAUAGUUUAAAUGGCGCACCAAUUACUACUUUUGCAGUGUCAUUUCUUGAAUCCAGUGUCCUUAUAAUAUUCACAUCAACAACUUCCUACUCCCUUGUGUUUCCCACCACUCUUCUACUUCUACAGUUCCUACCCAUUGCCAUUUACAGUCAAAGGAUUUUCUCUUUCUUCCCAUCUGAAAUCUUCUGGUUUUUGAAGCAAUGACAUCCAACACACUUUCUUCUCUAAGAUGGACAAGUGAGAAGAACAAACUGUUUGAAAAUGCCUUGGCAAUAUAUGACAAGGAUACCCCUGACCGUUGGAACAACAUAGCCAUGUUUGUUGGAGGCACAUCUGAAGUUGAAGUGAAGAGGCAAUAUCAGAUACUUCUAGAGGACAUCAAAAGCAUUGAGUCAGGCAAGGUUCCUCUCCCUGCUUAUAGGAGAAAUAAUUCUGGAUGCAGCAAAGUAAACACCAGCAAUGCAGAGCAAAGGCUGAGGAAUUUAAAGCUCUAGAUGAAGAAUGACCUUCAAAGUGAAGAGGAACACCAUUUUUAGAGAAAUCAUUUUAGCAUUGACCAUCUGUAACUUUGUUUUCACCAGAACUCUUUCUGCAAUAAAUUUCUUCCAUGCUUACCUUUCA